AUGGCUUCAUUCCAAGCAAUGGACCAGUUGAUGCAGUACGGGGUAGACACAGUCAAUAGGCCUUCCUUUGAGCCUAAUAUUGCCCUAGACCACGGGCUGGAAUUCUUAGCGGAUCGGACUUCGCCUGCCGAAAGCCCCAGAUCAGAGGACACGAGCAACAUGAGAGAUGCGACGGAGACGGACAUGCGCGAGUUGACCGAACUGAGCGUUAGGGCGUAUCGGGUCAUAACAGAAGCCGGGAUUCCGUCUACAGAUGAGCUCCUCGCAAUGACACAGUCAGUGCUAAAGGUUCUGGAGCGAAUCGCGGCAACAGUACGGCUGGAGCAGAACGAGGGCUCAAUGACCGGCGGCGACAGAGAUCAACAGAACCAUCAAACUGUUAUGGAUCACGGCUCGCGGACGUCGAUCAGCCUAGUGCUUCACGCAGUCUCAGUUUGCGAGCAGAUCUACAGCGCAUUUGUCCACGCCUGCUCCGCACUUCACAGCGAGCUUGAGACCCAUACUCAAGCUAGUAACGGCGGCGGGAGCAAAAGCAGCAGCAGCAAUGCGGACGAUCACAAGAUGUCCGAUGCACGCGCCGUCAUGACCGUCGAGUUGAUCAACUAUCUCUUUGAAAAGCUGAACCGCGCCCAGAGACAGCUCCUCGCUACCGCGCUGGUCGCCGAUGGCGCUACGUCAAGCCCGGAGGAUCUGAGCCCAGAAGGCUCGAUCAAGAGCCUCUCGAUACCAUCUGACUCAUCCUUGGGUUUCUCAACAAGUGUGAUAUCAACAAUGAUGCACAGAGCUCAUGGGAAACACCCGCAACUACAGGCUCAUAUACAGGCUAUCCGGGACUUGACUCGGAACAAGGACUCUUUAUAA